AUGGCGUACAACGCUGUCGCUCAAAUCGACCACGAGGUGGCUUCCAACUCCUCUUCUGCCUCACGCAGCCCCUCGCCCACUCACGGACAUGCCUUUGAGCGGCUGCCGCUGGAUACUGAUCACAUUGGAGGAGGGAGCCAUCUAGAACCCGCCCAAACCACAGACAAGUCGACUUUCGGCUUGGGCUCGAUGAUCCGCUCCAUCGCUUCCACAAACUACGAUGUGGUGGAGGAUGAUGAAUACGACGCUGAUCCUGCCCCAGAAGAGCAAUCCACCAGCCACCAAAUUCCUCCACUCAAUACUAGGGUCUCGCGACAUUCUUCUCCCGAACCACCUCUCCACAGCGCGUGCAGCGAUGUACCCGUACCCCUCAGUCACCCUACCCCGGAUCUGCAAUCGAUACAAGGAGCCUACAAAGGAAAUGUGACGCGAUUGGAGGAAAGCGCAGAGCAGCUGAGCUUGUGCUCGACAGACAUUGAGAGCGAAAUCCGUCGCAUAGACCGAGAGCAAAAGCGACGCUCGGUCAGCUCGGUGUCAAAUUCCAUUCACCGGAAUGGUGCGUUCUCACCGGCAGUGACCGUUUCCUCCGCCCAUGCAUCGAACGUAUCACCUGCGCGACAGCGCUCCGUGUCGGGGACGUACCUGCCUUAUGUCUCGGAGCCGGCGCAUGAAGUGGAUGAAUUCCCCGGUCUUCCCGAUCUACCGCCAUCGCAACCCAUGUUUGACGGUACGCACGAUCAUUACUAUGAUCAAUACAAUCCGCAAGGAAUCCCCGAAGAGGCCGCUAUGGAGCGCCGGGCCUCGGUCGCAUCGAACGAUACCUACCAACAGGCGCGGACGCUGUUCACCGAUUUCGAUGGUGUUCAUUUCACACCCCGGGCGGGCAUCGAGCCUGGGCGUCAGGUCUCCUUGGACCAGCCCCCGCUUGCUCGCAAGCCGCAACAUCACCACCAACCGCAAGAGGGCGAGAAUAUGGUGUACUAUCCCGCUCCGGUACCACGUAUGUUGAACCUACCACCAAAGUUGUCACAGAGGUCAAACACAGACCGGGACAGGCGCCGUACACAGCUUGCAGGUGUCAUUGCCGCCGAGAAUAGAAAAUCUGCACUGCUUGGUUCCGAUGAACCAAACGUUCGCAACGACAAACGCAAAUCUACUGUGCCAGCGCAUCUCCGCGCGAGCGUGUUCUUUGAUCAACCGAGCACAUCUCUCCACGUUGAGGCUAGGCAAGAUUCUGCUGUGACUACGCUGGACAGCAUUUUGGACGCUUCCGCGAAUGCCCCCGUCUCGGCUUUUACCGAUCACCCUUACGCCGGACAUGUUGGCUCGUACAUCUACAACAAAUCAAAACGCAAGACUCUGACAAAAGACCCGGCAGCGCAGAAGACGAAUCGUCUUUCGCAAUUCACAAUGGGUCAGCAUAACGACAAUUUAGACAAGCAUGGUGGUCCUUCCCGGGUUCGUCCUGAAUUAGAAGCCGGAGAGAACUCAGAUCUUAUUCAUGAUGAGCACAUCCACGGACGGGGCCAUGGCUCGUCAGAUGGCAGUGGCACCGAGAGUGCCGAAUCCUCUGAAGAUGAAGAGGAUUCAGAGGGCGAAUUGGAUUAUGUCGGUCCACCCAACACACUGAUUGCCGAGUUGGAGCUGCGAAAGAUUGAACUGAAGCACCGACGCCGGACGGCGGUGCCUGUACCUUUUCAUGGUAUGCAGAGCACUCUCUUAGAAAUGGACGAGAUAGCCCAAAAGCAAAGCGACAAGCGACGCCAGCGCCCCGUCGCCCUCGCGUGGGAAGGGCGAGACGAAGACGAAGAUGUUCCUCUUGCUAUGCUGUACCCUGAAAAGGUCAGUGCUGACGAUGACGAUCGGCCAUUGGGGUUAAUCGAGAAGCAACAACAAGAAGAAAAUGAGCCUCUGAGCUCACGUCGGGCCAGGUUACGGGGCGAGCCGGCUCCGAAGCCCGCGCCACGUCCUGCUACAGUGUAUACUGUGGAACCCUCGCAUGUUCCUGACGUUGCUGCCGAGAGUGACGGGGAGACCGAGGUUGAGACCCUCGCACAGAGAGUUGCGCGAUUGAAGGGACACACUCGCUCCGAGAGCCAGUUCGCUGCCGAGCUGAUGGCAGAAAUUGACACGCGGGCUGGAGUCACGCCUACGGGCGCUCAAGAAGCCCCCGGAACGAACGAAGAAGAGACACUCGCACAGCGACGCAGUCGACUUCAGAAAGAAGCUGCUGCUCAGCGGAAGGACCCGCGAGCCCGUCGCAGCAUGGCCGCGCUUACCCAGGGGCGGGGUCGCCCUGCUCAGCUUUCUCGCCAAUCGUCGCACGAUGUAUUUGGACAGCGGCCUGUCAUCAUGUCCCGAUAUGGGAACCGCCUGUCGAUGCAGCAAUUCCCUCCUCAAAUGGGAUACGGAAUGGCCACAGGAUACCCUAUAGCCCCGCAAUACGGGUAUCCUGUAGGUUACCCAGCGGGCUAUGCCAACCCUGCGAUGGGUGGUAUGCUUGGUGGUUAUGCUUCAAACAUGGCCCGACCUACUGGUCCGCUAUCCACUGGACCGCUGUCCACCGACGUGAUCGAUCGCUGGAGGCAGAGCAUUCGCUGA